AUGGCAGAAAACACACAUAACAAGGUGGCCAUCAUCACCGGGGCGUCUUCUGGCAUUGGUCAGACCACCGCGAUCGCCCUCUCCGCUGCGGGGUGGCGCGUCGCCCUCUUCGGUCGGCGCGAGGUGCUCUUGCAAGACACAGCGCGCCAAUGCAAGAACGAAACGCUCGUAGUCGUCGGCGACGUUGCGGACGAGGGGGACGUAGCCAGGCUCUUCGCCGAGACAAUCAACAAAUUCGGGCGCCUUGACAUGCUUUUCAAUAAUGCCGGCACGGGCGCCCCUGCCUUGCCGCUCGAGGAGCUCCCGCUGUCCCUCUUCCAGAAAGUGCUCAACACAAACCUCAUCGGCACCUUCCUCUGCACCCGUGAGGCAGUCAAGAUAUUCAAGAGCCAGACCCCUCAGGGCGGUCGCAUCAUCAACAACGGCUCCAUCUCCGCGCACACCCCGCGCCCGCACAGCGCGCCCUACACCGCGACCAAGCACGCCGUCUCCGGCAUGACCAAGUCCACCGCGCUCGACGGCCGCGCCUUCAACAUCUCCUGCACGCAGAUCGACAUCGGCAACGCGCACACGCCCAUGGCCGCGCGCCUCGCCGCCGGCGCGCUCCAGCCCGACGGCUCCACGAGGCCCGAGGCCAUGAUGGACCAGCAGCACGUCGCCGACGCCGUCGUGCACAUCGCGUCCCUGCCCAACGAGGUCCAGGUCCUCCAGUUCAUGAUCAUGGCAACGGGGAUGCCGUUUGUGGGGAGGGGCUGA